AAUGAUUGGGAGAUAGCAGAAAAAGAAAUCAUCGUCCUGACUUGCGAAACAAAUCAUCCCAACCCAAUAGCUAAAUCGCAUAAAUACUUUCUGUUUUCCGUUUCAGCACAAAAGACUCUUCUCUUUUCUCUCUCCCAGUCAUGUAACUCAUCAUCAUCACUUCUCUUCUUCACCCUCAAUUUUCCUUUUUUUCUUCUCUUCAAUUCAAAAAUGGAGGAGGAAUUGCAGAAGCGCAACACUGAUUGCGUCUAUUUUUUGGCCUCUCCUCUCACAUGCAAGAAGGGGAUGGAUUGUGAGUAUCGACACAAUGAAAUUUCAAGGCUUAACCCUAGAGAUUGCUGGUACUGGUUGGCUGGGAACUGUCUUAAUCCAACCUGUGGUUUUAGACAUCCUCCAUUAGAAAGGCAUGCUGAAGCACCAUUGGAAUCUGCAUCAUCUUCUCUACCUGCAAACAAGACCAAUACCCCCUGUUAUUUUUAUUUUAGUGGUUUGUGCAAUAAAGGUGACAGAUGUGCUUUUGUGCAUGGCCCUGAUGCCAGUAUACCUACUGGGAAAUCUGUCAAUAUGUCAUCAGCAAAGGAAGGCACUCGUUUGGAUAACAAGACAUCCAUAGGAAAUAAUAUUGUGCAUGUGCCAAUGGAAUCACAUGCUAAUCCAUCUGAAACAGCUCCUAAGACAGUAAUGGGUUUGAAGUUACAGACAAAAGAGGAUAUUCAGCUUUCAGCUCCCAAAAACUUGGUAGUGCAAAGUUCCUUUCCGGAGAUUGUUGUGUCACCCUGCGAAGAAGCUGUUACUUUGAAGUCAGAUUCCUUGCUUCAAGCAGACAACUUAAUUAGAAGCAGAUCUCACAUGUCCACAGAUCAAAGUUCAGAAGAUCAAAUGGAUGACCAUGUUGAACUAGAGGAGCGGUGGGAAUCAUCACCUGGUUUUGAUGUUCUUGUGGAUGACAAAUCAGAGAAUUUGGGUUAUGAGGAUGAUCAAGAAUAUUUACUGGCCCUUGACAGGGAACACACAAAGCUAAAUAACCAUUUCCUAAGGUAUGAAUUUGAAGACCUAGAGUAUAAGUUGACAUACUGCGACUCAGAUUCUAUGUAUACACGAGAGAUGUAUGAUUCUUUUGAUUGUGUGGAUAAUGUGGACGCCAUUGAUGAUGUUGGUAACUGCUCUGGCUGCUCAAGCGAUCGAAUGUUGGAUUCAACAUUGCUCCAGAAGAGAAAACUCUUGCCAAUGGAACUGGCGAUCAAUAAUCGGAGGGUAGAAGAUCUUCGGGACUGCUUGAGGAAACGUAGAGUAAUUGAUGGCUAUCCCAUGAUUCGAUCCUCAAGAAGGCAUGAGUCUUCUCAUCUGCUUGGUCGACAUCCAGAAAGGCCUCGAAGAACUGGUGUGAGUCACCGGCUGCAUGGAAGGUUGGCAUCAAGGGUGGGAAAGAAUACUAUUGAGUCAUUUGGAGAUAAUGGAAUUAUGUUAAAAAGUAAUAACCAGCGUGGCUGGCGUAGGCACUCAAGGUUGAGUAAGUCCAAAUUGCGAAACAAGGAAACUAAGCUGGCUAAAAGGCAGUUUCUCUCAUUUGAAAUGCCAAGGAAAUCACUUCCCAGGGAGAGGAAAUCUACUCUGGCGUCCAUUGAGUUUACAGGACCAAAGUCCCUUGCUCAGAUUAAAGAAGAGAAGAGAAAGGCUGAAGAAAAUGGAAAUUACACUGGAAAAACUGGUAAUUCAAGUGGAAUGAUAGUAGCUGACUUUGAGGGUCCUAAACCUCUGAGUGAAAUACUCAAAGACAAGAGGAAGAUGGGUAUUGAGGAAGAUUCUGAUGGUAUUACAAGUGACUAAAACUUGCUACUAUCAAGGCUGAAAAGGAUCAAGAACAUUUAGUACAUUUUGUACAAGACAAUGCAAUCUAGUUGGACAGAAUGUUACAACAUAUCUUCUCGAUCCUUAAAUGGUUUGGAUCAUGCUACAGGCCAUCAUUGGACAAAGAGUAUCUUUUUUCAUUACUGUUGCUAGAAGAUUUUGAGAAGAAGCUUUAUGGCCAUCUGAUUAGGAUUGUUUUAUGAUCUCUACUAGUGUACUGGUUGCUAAAUAGGAGCUUUAACCUAGAGCCUGUUGGUUUUUUGCUCAUACAAUUUGAAGUGUUUGGUUACUUCAGCAUCGAUGAUGAGCUUGUCCCUAUCUUUUGUACAGAGCUAUUCAUAAAAUAAUUGAACAGUGAAGUGGCAUUGAGAAUUCCAUCAUCGUGCUUUUCUUUGGUUAAGUGUUGAUUAAUCUUUGAACAUUAGUUCAUUUAAUAUCCA